AUGAUAAGAAAAUUUGGCUCCCGAGUGGACAAGCACUGGUUCGUGGUGCAGGACACGCUGCUAAAGACAGACCGGCUGUUGACCCUCGCGCCGCUCAACCGCAACUGCAGCCUCAGCAUCAAGCCAUCGACGCGCGAUGUCCUGAACAAGCUCUUCCUCACGCUCCAGCAUCCCUACAUCUGUCCGAUUCUUGAUCUCGAGUUCGUCAAGUACGAAGACCAGGAUUACGUUGUGCUCGUACAGCCCAUCAAUCAGGGCAGCAUCAAGGACAUCAUCUACGGCAUCGAGCGCAACUGCUGGAACGAGGACUGGUCGCAAAAGUACGGUAGCCGGGGCAAAGGCCUUCCGAUCCCGCAGAUCCAGCGGAUGGGCCGCCAAGUGCUCGAGGCUCUGGUCUUCCUCAAGGAACGCGACUUCCCGACAGUGGCGCACCUGCACUCCGGCAACGUCAUCGUCCAGAACGGGGUGGCUCGACUUGCCGCCCUCGAGAACAGCUUGCUGGGCUUCACUAGUCGCAACCACCCCGUUAUCGCGUCCAGGCUGCACGACACUGCGGCUGGUCUCAAGCAACAUCCUUCUUCUCAUCAUCAUCAUCAUCAUCAUCAUCAUCAUCAUCCACAACAGCAUCCUCUUGCACCCGAUUCUAUUGAUGUUAUAUGCUUUGGUCACAUGCUCUUCGAGAUGACAGCCGGCUACGAGCUUUGCACUUUUGAACCGACUGCCGCCAACUUUGCCGAUAUUCAUAAAUAUCCUCAGGUAUCAGAUUGUUUAGAAUUUAUAUUUGAUCGACGUGCACCGGGGGCCGUUUAUCCCAGCAUAGAAGAGCUUAUAUUUCACGAUUUGUUUCGCAACAUUGAUCUUCGUGAAUUGCGAAAUGCAUCAGUUAAUAUUUUCCGUCCAGAUACGUCGAUUCCCAUUUCGAGAUUACUCGACGGGAUUCGAUGCCAAAAAACUCCUGUAAAACGAUUAUCAGAUUUUGACUCAGAGGACAUGAUAUCACUUAGCAGUCCCGAAAGUGAUCGCAGUGAAAACGGAUCAUUACUUGCUCAAAUCUACCAAGAACUUUCCAUCACAGCUGUAUGAGAGAUUUCGUUACUGUAAAUUGGUACAUUCAUGAAGCUUUAAAAAGCUCUUUUUCGAUAAAAUAAAAAUAUUAAUUAAAAACAAAUGACUUCAA